CGAUCAAUUCAACGACUGAUCAGUGACACAGUUCGUAGCUAAUUCCAGUUUUAUUUGGUAGUGAUACCUCCUCCACCACCUCUAAUCCACCCAAAAUACCAAAAGAAGUUGUGUCCAAAAACAAAAGAUGUAUAGAGUUGCAAAAGCAUCAGAGUACUUGGUGGUGACAGGGGCAGGGAUCAAUGAUAUAAAUAUAACAAAGAAAGCAUGGAUACUUCCAGGACAAUCAUGGACAAAAUUUGAUGUUUCGCCUGUGAAUUACACAUUUGAAGUCCAAGCUAUGAGUGCUGAAAAGCUCCCUUUUAUUCUUCCAGCUGUUUUCACAGUUGGUCCUAGACUUGAUGAUGAAGCCAGCCUCUUGAAGUAUGCAAAACUUAUCUCUCCACAUGACAAAUACUCAAACCAUGUCAAUGAUCUUGUUCAAGGUAUCAUUGAAGGAGAAACUAGAGUUCUUGCUGCAUCAAUGACAAUGGAAGAUAUAUUCAAAGGAACCAAACAGUUCAAACAAGAAGUAUUCCAGAAAGUCCAACUCGAACUAAACCAAUUCGGGCUCUUAAUCUACAAUGCCAACGUCAAACAACUCGUUGAUGUUCCAGGACAUGAGUACUUCUCCUACUUGGGUCAAAAGACUCAAAUGGAAGCUGCAAACCAAGCUAAAAUAGACGUGGCGGAAGCCAGAAUGAAAGGGGAGAUCGGGGCAAAGCUAAGAUCAGGGCAAACGCUACAGAACGCAGCUAAGAUCGAUGCAGAAACAAGGAUUAUAUCGACACAAAGGGAAGGAGAAGGGAAGAAAGAGGAGAUAAAAGUGAAGACAGAAGUGAAGGUAUUUGAAAACCAGAGAGAAGCAGAAGUUGCUGAAGCAAAUGCAGUGUUGGCAAAGAAGAAAGCAGGGUGGGCUAAAGAAGCACAAGUGGCAGAGGUGGAGGCAGAGAAAGCAGUGGCAUUGAGAGAUGCUGAGUUGCAAAAGGAAGUUGAGAGGAUGAAUGCUUUAGCCAUGACAGAGAAACUUAAGGCUGAGUUCUUGAGCAAAGCUAGUGUUGAAUAUGAAACUAAGGUGCAAGAAGCAAAUUGGGAGCUCUACAAGAAACAAAAAGAAGCAGAAGCAUUUCUCUACGAAAAGGAGAAAGAAGCAGAGGCACAGAAAGCAACUGCAGAGGCUGAUUUCUACAGACGUAAACAGAUCAUCGAUGGAGAUUUAUAUGCAAAGAUGAAGGAAGCGGAAGGACUUAAAGCUCUAGCAGAAGCUCAAGGCACAUACUUGCGCACUCUCUUAGAAUCUUUGGGCGGAAACUAUGGUGCUCUAAGGGAUUACUUAAUGAUCAGUGGUGGGAUGUUUCAAGAACUUGCCAAGAUUAACGGUGAAGCUAUUCGAGGCCUACAACCCAAAAUCAGCAUUUGGACAAAUGGAGGAUCUGAGUCAAAUGCAGAAGGUGGUGGAAGUGCCCUAAAAGAAGUUGCUGGUAUCUACAAAACAUUGCCACCACUGUUUAAGACUGUUCAUGAACAGACUGGAAUGAUGCCACCUACAUGGAUGGGCACCUUGACAAAUGAUUCUUGUUCUCCUCAAGAAAAAAUGCAAUGAUCAAAAUGUCACACGUUCGUUAUUUUGUUAAAAUAAGAACACCAAGGGAUUGGUAUAUUGGAUAAGUGUUCAGUCAGGUCAAGAGUUUGAUUCAAUUGUUGAACUUAAUGAAGUUCAACGG